AUGGCUUCUUUGCUGCGCCGCGCGCUUCCUCUGACGCGCAUGUCUCCUGCGACAAGCGCUCUGCGUCAGCUUCGUCUGAGCUCGCACUCUAUUCAGGUCAACAACGACAACUUUGAUGAGACCAUUGCCGAGGCCACCAAGCCUGUCCUCGUCUACUUCACGGCCAGUUGGUGCGGUCCUUGCCGUAUGCUCAAACCCAUUCUUGAGAAGGCUGUGGAUGCGCGCAACGGAGACGUGGUCUUGGCCAAAAUUGACGUGGACGAGCAGCAGGAACUCUCGGCCCGCUUCCAGGUGGCCUCGGUGCCCCAGGUCUUUGCCGUCAAGGAAGGCGAGAUUGUGGAUCAGUUUAUCGGUGCUCAGCCUUUGGACAAGGUGAAUUCGUUUUUGGAUAAGAUUGUCAAGGCCUAA